AUGCCAAAAACAAAGUUUCGCCCAUGUAUAGAUUUACAUAAUGGACAAGUUAAACAAAUUGUAGGAGGCUCAUUAAAUGAAUCAAGUCCUUCUGAACUCAAAACAAAUUUCGUAUCAAGUGAAAAGCCAAGUUAUUACGCUAAUUUAUAUAAACUACAUAAUUUAACUGGAGCUCAUGUGAUUAAACUUGGACCUGGAAAUGAAGAAGCAGCCAAGGAAUGUUUAACAACUUGGCCUGGUGGAUUACAAAUUGGCGGAGGAAUUACUUUAGACAAUGCAGAAGCGUGGUUAAAUGCUGGUGCUGAAAAGAUUUAUCAGCAAGAAUCGGAAGAGAAAAAAUUGUUUUGUCGUAAAAGAGAAAAUAAAUGGGUUGUCACUAUGAAUAAAUGGCAAACCAUGACAGAUAUGGAAAUAAAUGAAGGAUCUUUAAGAUUAUUAUCAGAUUAUUGCAGUGAAUUUUUGAUUCAUGCCGCCGAUGUAGAAGGAUUAUGCCAAGGAAUUGACAUUGAACUUGUUGAAUGUCUUGGAAAAUGGGUUACAAUACCAACGACAUAUGCAGGUGGUGCAAAUUCUAUUAAAGAUCUUGAAACAGUAAAUAAAUUAUCAAAUGGUAAGAUCCAUUUGACAUUUGGAAGUGCAUUAGAUAUCUUUGGAGGAACCAAAGUAAAAUUUAAUGAUUGUAUUUUAUGGAAUCAACAAAUAUAA